GACGGCGUUGAAAAGGUGCCAAAUUUGACCAAUCCUCUCCAAUUCAACUUAUAUAUAUGGCCACCAUGAACACCGACGAAGACUUGUUGUUUGAGAGUAGAUGGCGAAGAAAGCCGCCGAGGCUGCGAUUCACUCCAUUGGAUUGGGUUACGAUCUCACCGCCGAUCACAAGUUCAAGUACUGCAAAAAGGCUUCAAAUUUGAUAACCAUCGCCGACCGUGAUAACGUCCGGGACAUCGCUAUUCCUGGUGGGAUUUUGGUUCCUAAUGUUCCCAAAUAUAUCAAAUGCGAUAAGGGGGAGCGGAUAAGGUUCGCGUCUGAUAUCCUGUCUUUCCAGCAGAUGUCGGAGCAGUUUAACCAGGAAAUGUCUCUGUCGGGUAAAAUUCCAUCGGGACACUUCAAUGCUGCUUUCGAGCUCACGGCAGGAUGGCAAAAAGAUGCCGCCAACACUAAAACCCUCGCUUUUGAUGGCGUUUUCAUUACUCUUUACAAUAUUGCAUUAGAGAAAUCCCAGGUCAUGCUCUGUGAUCAUGUCAAACAAGCUGUCCCUUCAUCAUGGGAUCCUUCUGCUUUGGCUAAGUUUAUUGAGAUGUAUGGAACCCAUAUUAUUGUUGGUGUGAAGAUGGGUGGAAAAGAUGUUGUAUAUAUGCAACAAAAGCAUUCAUCAGGUCUCCAACCAAUUGAACUACAACAGAAAUUAAAGGACUUGGCAAACAAAAUGCUUAUAGAAGAAACUCGGCACAAAACCAACUAUGAUAAAUUAAACCAGAAAGAUAAGAUUUUAAAAGAACAUGGGCUAGCUUCCAUGGACAUGCUUCAAACCAGUUCUUAUUCUCAAGUGGAGGAUAUCAAAUUCAUCUGCAAAAGGAAAGGAGGCAAGUUGAGUUCAAAUUUAUCACAUGGUGAAUGGUGUCAAACCGUUCAGUCUGAACCAGAUGUGAUUUCCAUGUCUUUUAUCCCAAUCACAUCAUUGCUUACUGGAGUUAAUGGGAGUGGAUUUCUCACCCAUGCCAUCAAUCUAUACCUUCGUUAUAAGCCUUCGAUUGAUGAACUACAUCAGUUUUUGGAGUUUCAGCUUCCAAAGCAGUGGGCACCAGUUUUUGGUGAGCUUGCCCUUGGUCCUCAGAAAAAACAACAAAAUAGUGCAUCAUUGCAGUUUAGCUUCAUGGGCCCCAAGCUUUAUGUUAACACAACACCGGUUUAUGUAGAUAAAAAGCCCGUAACUGGCCUUCGACUUUAUUUGGAAGGCAAAAGAGGCAACUGCUUGGCAAUUCACUUGCAGCAUCUUUCCUCACUGCCAAAGACAUUCCAGCUUGAGGAUAGAGCAAGCGCUAGUGUCUCUGAUCCCAUGUCUGAACGCAAGUACUAUGAGAAGAUUCAGUGGAAGAACUUCUCUCACGUCUGCACAGCACCUGUAGAGUGUGAUGAAGAUGUCUCUAUUGUUACUGGUGCUCACUUUGAAGUUGGAGACUAUGGCUUGAAGAAAGCUCUAUUCUUAAGGUUGCAUUUCUCUAAGUUAAUAGGUGCAAAGGCCAUCAAGCAGCCCGAGUGGGAUGGCUCUCCUGGCUUGGGCCAAAAAUCUGGGAUUAUCUCAACUUUGAUCAGCACUCACCUCACAGGUGCUCAGAAACAAGCUCCACAGCCAACCGAGGUCAACAUGAAUUCCGCGUUGUACCCCGGGGGCCCUCCAGAGCCCAGCCAAGCUCCAAAACUCCUGCGGUUUGUGGACACAACAGAGAUGAGUAGAGGGCCACAAGAUUUACCUGGGUACUGGGUUGUCUCAGGUGCAAGGCUGGUGGUUGAAAAGGGAAAAAUAUCAUUGAAGGUAAAAUAUUCUCUAUUGACUAUGAUAUUACCGGAUUAG